UCAAAACACUUUUCGGGUAAAAUACAUUAAUUCGUUAACAAUGUUCUCAUCCUCCUUAAUUUUAAUUAUUCAAUUUCUUCAAUUAAUUUUUGCUUCCAAAAAUAUUUUUUCUGAUAUCACAACUUCUCUAAAUACAAAAUUAGACCCCUGCAAAGAUUUUUAUAAAUUUGUUUGUGACGGGUUUGAAAGGAGAAUUAAAGUUUCAGAAUGUUAUGAAAUUAGUAAUGCAGCGACAAGGAAGGCUGAAGUAGAUGAUCAACUAGAAUGUAAUAAAUAAAUAAAAUUUUUUUUUACUUGGAGAAUAUUACUCCUAAAAAAUAAUUUAUUUUUAGUUUUGAUUCUUUUUAUUUUGUUUAUCCCCAAGUAAUUAUUAGAUAGGGACAGUCUGUUUUGUUAACCGUUAUCUCUUUGGUUUUUGGAUAGUCUGCUUCUUAAACCUCCACUUUUCUUUAUUUUUUGGUCAGAUCAAGAUGUCCUAUUCCAAAAUACCCAGGCAUUACUCCACAAAAAU